AAAAAUGCCUCAACUUCUCUACAAAACGAAGAACUCAUUCCCAAACCUCUCAUCUACUUUCUGGUUCUUCUUCUCCCUCCUUAUCGUUCUCAAACCUUCCUGUCAGGCCACCCAAUCUCUUCCAAAUUCCAGACUCCUCAACGCUUACAAAGCCCUCCAAGCAUGGAAACAUGCAAUCAUCUCAGACCCAAAUAACAUUACUUCCAACUGGUACGGCGAAAAAGUCUGCAACUACACUGGCGUCUUCUGUACAUUCGCACUAGACGAUCCUCACAUAACAACAGUAGCUGGAAUCGACUUGAACGGUAAAGACAUCGCUGGUUCAUUACCAGAAGAGCUUGGCCUUCUCACCGACAUAGCUCUGUUCCACCUCAACUCUAACCGCUUCGGUGGAACAAUCCCCAAAAGCUUUUUCAACCUUCAUCUCCUCUAUGAACUCGAUAUCAGCAACAAUUGUUUCACUGGUAGCUUUCCUUCUGUGAUUCUCUCUCUCCCUUCACUUAAAUAUCUCGACCUUCGAUUUAACGAAUUCGAAGGUUCUGUUCCUUCCACCCUCUUCGAUUUGAAACUCGAUGCCAUCUUCCUCAACGACAAUAAAUUCCAAUCCUCCAUACCAAACAAUAUCGGUAACUCUCCAGCUUCUGUGAUUGUGUUGGCGAAUAAUAAAUUCACCGGUGGCAUUCCCUGCAGUUUAGCUAAAAUGGGAGGGACUCUGAAUGAGAUUAGUCUCAUGAAUAUGAGUCUAAAUGGGUGUUUGCCUCGGGAGAUUGGGGAAUUAACUAACUUAACGAUUUUCGACGUCAGCUUUAACGAUCUGGUUGGGCCGUUGCCGGAGAUGACGGGAGGGAUGAAGGAUUUGGAGGAGUUCAACGUCGCUCAUAAUAAACUGUCCUGUAAGAUUCCGGCGAGUUUAUGUUCAUUGCCGAGGUUAGCGAACUUGACGUACUCGUAUAAUUACAUCAGCGGUGAAUCGCCCAAAUGUUACAAUAUAGCCGGUAAAGAAGAUCGUCAGAAUUGCAUUCCGGGUCGGCCAUGGCAAAGGUCUGCACAGGAAUGCAAGUCCUUCGUAGCACACCCUCUGAACUGUGCAAAUUUUGGCUAUUCGGCAAUAAGUCCAUCACCAUCUCCGGCGGUGGCUUCGCUGAUGCUUUCACCGGUUUAUUUGGACGAUCAAGAUGAUCUUACGAAUGUGAUACAUUGA